CGAAUAAUACCAAUGCCAGCGUAUAUCAGAAUGCCGUAGGAUGCAUUUAAAUUAAAUGCGACCGACAUGGCAUUUUAUAAUAUGGUUGUGUGCGACGCUUAAUUUUUAGAACUCUUUGAGUAGACAAGCGGUUGAAAGAUGAUAGAAGAAUACUUAAAUGGCUGGAAACAAGCUGAAACCGAAGGAGGCGUGCCAUAUUACAUUAACCAUGCAACAAAACAGACAGAAUGGGACCAUCCAAAAAUGCGGGAGAUUAUGCGAUCUGUGGAAGAAUGCAAUGUCAUAAGAUAUGCCUCGUACAGAACAGCUGCAAAAAUGAGAAUAUUACACAGGGAUUUGAACAUGCAACAAGUCAGAUUGGAGCUAAUAGCUGGAGUAUUCGAACGUCAUCGUCUUUCUGUAACAGAGAAUUCUGUUACACUGGAUCCUAGUGAGCUAGAGGAUGUGUUGUCAGACAUUUAUUUUGCUGCACAAAAAGAGUCCAACUCAAAUUUUAAUGUGGAGCUAGCUGCAAAGCUUGGUGUCAACUACAUACUCAAUAUUUUUGACAAAAAACGGGCUGGUAGUGUCUCUGUGUUCUCUGCAAAAGUUGCUCUUACUUUGGUCAGCUGUAGUAGACUCCAAGGAAAAUAUGGAUACUUGUAUCAACAGCUUGCCGACCAUAAUGCAUGUCUCUCGCGGGCUGCUCUUCAUUCUCUACUCCACAAUAUUUGUCAAGUUACAGACAUGCUCGGAGAAAACGUUGCCUAUGGAUCGCACAUGAUUCAAUGCAGUGUGGAUAAUUGCUUUCUCCAAUCACAGGGGAACCUUGGUGUUAGCGAAGCAGAGUUUGCUGCGUGGCUCAUGCAGGAACCACCACUGCUUGUAUGGAUAACAACCUUGAACCGCAUUCAGGCAGCCGAAAAUAUUAUCCAUAAUGUCAAGUGUUCCUCGUGCAAGACUACGCCCAUCCAAGGACCCAGAUAUUCUUGUCUAAGAUGUGCAGGGUACCACCAAUGCCAGGGAUGUUUUCUAUUGGGUAAAGCAACGAGUAAACAUAAAUUGAAACAUCCGGUGCGAGAGUACUGUGUGAAGACCUCAAAUAGAGAGGUGACGAGACUGCUAAUGGAACUCAUCAGAAAUAAGCUAAGGCUCUGCCCAACCAGGACUGUCAUCGCAGAUCUGGAUGAACCAUUGCCCGAAAGUCAACAAGGCUUAAUGAGUGAGGCAAAGGAUACGGACAACGUAUCCUUACGCAGCACAGUGAGGAGAAGAGUUCUGAAUAAUCCCCAGAAGGAAUUGCAAAGUAUUAUAAGUCACUUGGAGGAAGAGAACAGGCAGCUACAAGUGGAACUGCUCGAGCUAUGCGGUACUAGAGCAGAGAGACUGCAACGACACAGAGCAACGAUAGAAUCUCAGUUGCAGCGCUUGAAGAUCUUGAAGAAAUACUUUUUCAAUCAACCACCGCAGCCUCGAGGCAUGACCCAUAUGGAGAGCACCCCGAUGCUGCGUCCAAUUGCAUCUAGAGUUACUCCUUUGCCCUUAGAAUUCGAGUUGAGCCCCAUAGUACAACAAGGAACGAUUGAGCGCACAUUUAAAGGUGGCUCUACUGCUGUGAGGGGCAAAGACACAGGAGCAGCCCUGUUCAUGGCAGAACAAUAUCAAGCAAGUCCAGUGUCGUCCUUACAUGGUCACAACGAAAAACAACAGGCUGACGAAUCUAGCUAUCCAAGAAGCUCUGGCUUUGGAGAUCAUUUUGAAUUCACUCAAGUGGAACUGAGCACCUGGAUUGGAGGUAGAAAGGGUGCUAAUGGAACUUCGCUAGCGCCUAGUUGUAGUGGUUUUUCACAGUGGCUGCGAGCAGGAAAUCCAAACAACGAAGAAAAACCAGAACAGGUGAGGCCUGUUGCAACUAGCAGUUGUCAUGGGGAUUCUCCACCCGCCAUAUCACACUCACCGAUCGGUUUACCAAGAGAAAAUACUCCCUCCUCACUUCAGCGCCCAGAUAAACACUCACAACAUAGUAGUCUACAGAAUAUUCAAGGGGAUUUGAACGAUAUUCUAGAUCGUCUGCAAAAUAUGGUGGCUAACGACGGCUUGCUUGAAGAGUCUUUCAGUGCCAACGAUAACUGCGAACUUAAACGAGCCGCAACAGAAAUGGAGGACCUUUUAACUGGCCUAAUUGAGGGAAUGGAAUCCAGAAAAGGCAAAUUGGCAACGGUCGUCUAAGCUUGUAUAAGUCUUUAAGUAGCACAAAAAGCUAUGUGCCCGCAAUAAAAAAAGUAAAUCUCAAAGCUUUCAAAAUAUUUUCAUAUCAUGUAGUUGUGUCGAAUCGAGCAAUCAUAAAUCUUACACUGUACAUGUACAUUUUUAUAGACAACUUUUUUAUCUGCAUACCUAAUAAAACAAUUCGAUCUCAAUUCUGGCAAGAUUCCAAAA